AUGUUGACUCUCGCUAGCAGUGCCAAGGGCGAGGAGGUCGGUUUAGCGGAAGAGUUGAUAUUCAUUCUCGAGAACUAUUCACCGGCCGAAUUGAAACCAAUAGAGGCAGUCAAAGGAGCAAAGGUAGACCGGUGGCCGGCCGAUCACGAUGCGGAGCUGAUGGACAUUCUUGAAACCACACCGAAGCAGACCUUGAGUCUCAUGGAAGCCCAUAGUGGGUAUAUCAAGGCAGUGGAGCAAAAGCUACCAAAGUAUAUCCCCACGAAGAAGCACUCCCGAGGUAUUGUGACGGUCGGCGGUGGCUCAUACUUCCCGCCUUUGAUGGUCUCAUUGCGGCUUUUACGUCGAACCGGCACAGCCAUGCCGGUCGAGGUUUUCCUCCCCGAAGAAGAAUACGAGGAACAGAUGUGUGAGGAAGUGCUGCCCGCCAUGAACGCAGCCUGCCGCACUUUCCCUAAGCUGGGCGGCAAAAUCUCCCACUAUCAGUACAAAGUAUUUGCCAUAAUAUUGUCCUCAUUUGAGGACGUUCUCUGGCUGGACGCUGACAACUUUGCGCUUCACGACGCCGCUUCUCUCUUCACAUCAACCCCGUUUCAAAAGACUGGGAUGGUCUCAUGGCCGGACAUCUGGCAGACAGCGGUAUCCCCGACCUACUAUCUGAUAGCCCAAACAAAGCCAACACCCGUCUCUGCUCGUGCAAGUACCGAGUCCGGGCAACUUUUAGUGUCUAAGACCAAGCACUGGAAGACUCUUCUUUUGGCGGCUUACUACAACUACUACGGUCCCGAAUACUACUAUCCAUUGCUAUGCCAGGGCGGGGCAGGUUGUGGAGAUAAAGAGACGUUCCUCCCAGCAGCCGAAGCCAUGGGGCUCCCGUUCUAUGCGGUGGAGGCACCGCCCCAGCCCGUUGGCCAUUACAAGCACGACGAUCACCGAGAACGAGGAAUUUACAGGUUUGCGCUCAUUCAAGGCGAUGCCACCGACGACUACGUCCUCACAAAUGGCGCCCACCCAUCAAAACCCAGCUUGCGCACGGCGAACGACUCUGAAAGCGAUCUACAAGCCGGCGGACCAAUUGAAAGGGACGAAAAGGGCGUCAAUCCGUACGAUACCGUGCGGCCUUUUUUCUUACACAUGAUGACACCCAAAUGGGACGCACACCACGUCUUCGACCAUGUAGGCAGGUACGAUCUCACCCUGGACUACAAAAAUCACCAAGCCGCAGCAUAUCAGGACCCUCCCGAGAUAUCUGCAAGAAUCAAGGGAGUGGAACGGAUGGUUUGGGAAGAAGCGAGAUGGGUGGCUUGUAACUUGGAAAGUGUCAUCAGGUACUGGGUGGGCAAAAGGGGGGCGAUUUGCAAGAAGCUGGAACAAUAUUUCAAAGACGUGCUCGAUACCGAGAAGGCAGUCAAACUGGGACUUGCGUCCAGUAUGGCGCCAGCACCUUACAUACCUUGA